UGAGGAUUCGCCCUCGACACGUGUGCGAAGUGCCCUCCCGGACAUUUGUCCAUUUGUCAUUCGAUUAUUAGCCGGAUCCACUGGCUAAUUAGGGGUUGGGAUCAUGCCUACUGUCGGCGUCAAACGUGACUCGCUGUUCAAAGCCCUGGGAAAAACAUACUCUGAUGAGGAGUUCCAGACGCUGUGCUUCGCCUUCGGGCUGGAGCUGGACGAAGUGACGACAGAGAAGCAGAUGAUUUCGAAGGAGCAGGGAGUGGAGCAGAGUGCUGGAGCUUCUGAGGAGAUCAUCUACAGGAUUGACAUCCCCGCGAAUAGAUACGACCUCCUGUGUCUAGAGGGCCUCGUCACUGGGUUGUUGAUAUUCUUGGAGAAAAUUUCAGCCCCUCGAUACAAGACAAUUGAUCUGGACCAGAGAGAAUCAAUCGAUAUCACUGAGAGGUGCAAACAAAUCCGUCCAUACAUCGUUGGUGCAGUCCUCAGAGGAGUGACAUUAACGAAAGAAUCCUACGACAGUUUCAUAGAUCUGCAGGACAAGUUGCACCAGAACAUCUGCAGGAAGCGAUCCCUCGUCUCCAUUGGCACUCACGAUUUGGAUACUGUGAAGGGGCCAUUCACCUACGAUGCAAAACCACCAGAAGAAAUUCGUUUCAAACCCUUGAAUCAGGAUAAGGAGUACAAUGGACUCGAAAUCAUGGAACUUUAUGCUCAUCAUGCACAAUUGAAACAGUAUCUGUCAAUAAUCAGAGACAGCCCAGUGUAUCCAGUUGUUUUCGACAGUGAGGGGACUAUUUUGUCAUUACCACCGAUAAUUAAUUCUGAUCACUCGAAGAUUACGUUGAAUACUAAGAAUAUUCUCAUUGAGGCCACUGCAACAGAUCAAACGAAGGCAGAAAUUGUUCUCGACACUCUAGUCUGCGCCUUCAGUCAGUAUUGCAAGAGCAAAUUCACAGUUGAGACAGUGGGAGUUCGUGUGAACCCUGGAAAAAAGCCAAUAGUCUUCCUCCCCCAUCCAAAGUUGACGUACAGAACUGUCAAGAUCAACAGCAAAGAGGCCGUGAAUUACAUUGGGGUGGAGUGCUCCCCAGAAAAAGUAGCUCGAUUGCUCUCGAAGAUGGGGCUACAGACGACUGUCGAGGGAGACGACCAACUGAGUGUGGAAAUUCCACCAACUAGACACGAUGUCAUUCAUCCCUGCGAUAUUUACGAGGACAUUGCCAUCGCCUGGGGGUACAACAACAUCGAGAGGACCAUCCCCCAGACCUCGACGGUUGGAAACGAAUUCCCCCUGAAUAAAUUGUCUGAUCAUCUCAGGCAGGAGUUGGCUCAGGCUGGAUUUACUGAGGCCCUCACUUUUUCUUUGUGCUCGAGGGAGGAUGUCUCGGAGAAGUUGGGGUGGUGUUUCGAUAAAAUACCCGCUGUCACGAUAUCAAACCCCAAGACUCUGGAGUUUCAAGUGGCGAGGACGUGUCUUCUUCCAGGACUUCUGAAGACAAUUUCAGCCAACAAGAAGAUGCCCCUGCCCCUCAAGCUCUUCGAAGUCUCUGAUGUUGUUCUAAAAGACAAAAAAGCUGAGUGUGGAGCUAGGAAUGAGAGGAGAUUGUGUGCAGUUUACUGUAACAAAUCUGCUGGGUUUGAGAUCAUUCAUGGGCUUCUGGACAGGGUGAUGCAGCUCCUGGAGGUCCCCUGGAGCGUCGACAAGAGCAAAAAUGGGUAUUACCUCGAGGCAGCCGAAGAUCCGACGUAUUUCCCUCAGAGAUGUGCAAAAGUCAUUGUUCAUGGUCAGGUAAUUGGGAAAAUGGGAGUUUUACACCCGGAGGUUCUCCAGAAAUUCGAACUGCACCUGCCCUGUUCAUCAAUUGAAAUCAACAUCGAACCAUUCUUGUAGUGAACUUUUUGUAAUUCACAGGAAACAUUUUUAUUUAUUGCGUUUGAGGAGAUCUAAUAAAUGAGGUCGCUUUUGCGUCUUUACACCAGUUGAUUGUAAUAUUUGAAAAAAAUUGGUGGUCAUCAAAAAGUUUGUGACGACCAAGACAACUUUGAAAAUAUCUUGAGAAGGAGGGGAUUUAGAAGGAAAUUUCUCAGGACUAUUUUUUUAGAAAAUCCAAUUCCCUGUAAAAAAGGUCUUAUCAUACUUCCCCCUAAACUCUGUUGUUUCCAAGAUAAGGAGGCGUUUCCAAAGCACUCAAAAAUUGAAAAUAAACAUGUGUAAAUGAUUUCGCAAAAA